UUCGGUUAUUACACGGGACAAUAAUGGCAGACAAUUACUCUUCAUACAAUACGGCCGGCUAAUGACAGCAUCCCCAUAUUUAAAACACUUGUCGUCAACUUCUUGAGAGAUGACGGAAAAUGCUAGAAACAAACUCAAGAAAAUCAUACAUUUUUGCAAGUCCUUCGGAUACGCUGAUCAUGACAAUAUUUCUCAAUGCAUUAGGGCCACAUUGGAUGACGCACCAGAUAAAGUUAUAUCUUUUAUCGACUUAAUAUGGAAAGUCUUAAAAGGACUAGAUGGUAGGAAAAGAAAAGAGGUUAUUGUAGAAGGAAUACAGAUAUUAAGCAGUACAUUGUCAUUGUUAGGGUUACCCAUUCCAAUAAUGAGUAUAGCUUCAAAUGUUUUUUCACUUGGAGGAUUUCUUCUUAAGAUUGUUUUUUCUUUGACUGAUUUCGAAAGUGUUUUAAAAACAAAAAACAAGGCACUUGAUACAAUACAACACGAACUAGCUGGUCUAGCUGCACGAUUGGAGAGAACUGAAAAGUUUAUCGAUUUAGUAGAUAGUCAGGAAUGCACCGGAAAAAAUACACUUAAAAUGUUGAGGAAUGACAUCGAUAUGCAAAUUGGAGUCGAACAAAUUGGAAAUUUAAAAAGUCGCAUCAAGAGCCUUAUGUCAGGAAAAAUGGAAGACUGGUUUACAGCUUUGGAGUUAAUAAAAUUAUUUGUUCGAAUCUCUACCUUGCGGCAUUCACUUUUAAUUCGAAUACUGACAUGCUUGAAGUCAAAUAAUUUCAUCCCAGCCACAGACACGGCUAUACAGAAGCAUAUUAAGGAAGAAAGAAGGGAAAACCAAAGAUUUCUAUCAAGUUUUUUCUCUGUGCCAUCACUUGAAACUGUUGGUAUUUUAUCCAUUUACGACCCAACAAAAGAGGAAGAAAUCGAUACGUAUAUUAAAGAUAUGGGUUUGUCUUAUCAGAAUCUUAGAGCAACACUACAUGACAAAGUCGUUCAGCUCAUACCAUUUUCGAAUACAUCUAUCGUCUGUGGCAGAGCAAUAUUUUCAUUCUGGUCUGUAAGAUCGAUGAAAAGAUCAUGGAAUGCUAAAAAUGUUAGAAAAGACUUUAGAUUUACUGCAAUAAAAGAUACAUUCAAUCUUUUUUACAUACAAUCACCAGAUUUCGAUGAAUAUGUCUAUAUGAAAGAGAACAACUAUUGCAAAUACAAAAAUAUUUUUUAUGUGCCAGACAAUGCGCAUUGGCGGGUUAUUCUUGUUUACGAUAUGGCAGGAGUUCACCAACCACAAUUUGAAUUCCGUUGCAUUCUAAGCACCAAAAAAUGGCCUGACAAAUUUCUUUACAUUGAAAAAUCAUAUUUUGAAUGUGCAAAGGGACUAGAAAAAAAUUCUAAACUGAGUAUUGACUGUUUAUUUACGCUCAGAGAAACAUAUCCUUUAAGAAGUGUCUUCAAAAAGACAGAACAUGGAGGUACUGGAGCUGAAAUUAUUCUUCCUAAUGAUUCAACAAUCUCUGUGCCAACAAUGACACCGCUUGGAACGUUAACAGACGAUGAAAUUAAUGACGAAUACACGGAGAUAUCGAAUCAAAACGCAGGAAGUUAUACUGAAGAAAUACAAAAUUCAAUUGUUUCCAUUCAAUCCUUCAUCGAUGAAAGGAAAGUAAAUGUGAAAAAAGAUAUUGACAGAAUAGCGAAAUUUAUCUCAGAAAAGAAAGAUCAAGAAUUUUGUUCUUAUUUAAAGAAAAUAGCAUUCCUUGCUUAG